CAUAAAGUAGAGUACUUGAUAAAGUUAUAAGACACCAUAGAUUGAAGUUAAAAGUAUAGUUAUAACGACUUCUAAUAAACACAAAUAUUAUUAUGGGAAAUUUUAUAAAGCUAUCCUGUUUGGUGUAUUUUGUAACCAUAUAUUACUGUGUGGCGUAUUGUUUUUUUUCCACAACUUCCGACCGGAGAAUGUUUGGCUGCUAUAUUGGUGGACGUUACCUUUUUGCUGGACAAACAGGGACAUUUGGAUGUCACAUUUGUCAAUGUGGAAGACUCAAUGGAAGUUGUUGUUCAAUUGGAGGGUAUAUCACAAGUCACCCAGCUGAUUGCAAAAUUAUAAAAGAAGGAUGUUAUGAGAGAGUUGUCAAAAUCAGCGACGAGUCAGUAGAGUGUGGAAAUGUGACAGCAGUUGGAAGGUGAUUUAUCAAGUGCAGAGUAUUUGUUUGGGAAAAGAACAGACACGAUUUCAGAUUAUAAAAUUGAUGUAAUAAUUUAAAUAAAUUCUGACUGCAAC